AUCGAGAAUGCAGCUCUAUGGUGGCCUGCACGCUUCUAAAAAUGGAUUAACAUAUUUUUGAUCAUUUAUAAACGUAACAUAAACAAAGUUAGAACAUUGUGGUUUCGAUGGCAUCUAAUUUGAAACAUUAGUCACUUUAUAAUAUUAGUGGCAACUGUACCGGCUAAAAUAUAUACAUGCAAUGCAGUGAAUACUGCACCAUAGUAUUUCAAUGUUUUAAGUGUUUUUUACAGUUCUUACGGUUCACAUUCUGAGGCAUGGUAUGUAUACCAAAUAAACAAAAGAAAAUCAACGUUUCUUACACGACGAUUAAUCACUCACCAAAUGAUAGUUUAUUCACUUGUCGCUCUUGUGGAGUGUAUACCAUUUAUUUCUAUUGGCUUUUUAAUAAUGCAUCUUUCAACUUUUGCUUUAUAAAAAGAUAAAGGGACCAGUCUUUUAUUUGAUACACAUAAUACAUCUAUACAUAUAUUAUGUCUUCAGUGGAUUACACAUGCAUAUACCUAAAUGUUUCAUGGCCCCCCUUACCCAUCAUGUUUUUAUUUAGAAACAGCCCAUAAAAAGUAAAUAGUUGAAAUAGUUAUAAUCCAUUGAUAUACCAUCAUUUACAUAUAUAGUUCUUUGAAUUUGAGAAAGAAAAUAAAUUAUGAAAAAGUAGUGGGAACUGCUUUUGAGAUAUGUGGCUAGUUUCACUACAGCUCUCUUUCUCCCUGCAUCUUUUGAUGUGGCUUUUGCCUCCCCCAUGUUAAUAUUGGUAGAUCUUUUAGCUUCGCUUUUUAAGCUAAUCUUUUUUCAAAAACCUAGCUUCUUUUGGUCUGUUUUCGUGUUUAUAAAGUCAUGCAGAAAGCAAAUCAAUACAAUAAAAAUCUACCAGUUGGCCCAAUUUUGCUUUAACUAGAAUCAAAACCUUGUUGGGUCCCUUUAUAUAUAUACCACGACUUGACCAUAACACACAUCUAACUAGAAAAUGCCUAAAUUCAUAGGGAAUAUCUCAAUUAAUUCCAUGAUGUAAAAGGUUAUAAAAAUUUAUAGGGUUCUUUUAAACACAAUUCAUAAUAAAUCAGCCUAUUGUAAAAAUUAAAAGCUUUAUUUAGGUAUAGAGAAAUGAAAGGAAAUAACACAUUUGUAUUAUAUAACUAAGAGGAAUGAGCUUUGGUAAAAUCAUAUAAAGAAGUAGGUUUAUAAUCUUUUGUGAAAAAAUGAUUUUACUAAAAUAUACAGUCUCAGGCUUCUUGAAACCAUCAUACUUAUCUUUAAAGUUUGUACAAUAUUUCUUCUCUUCUUUGUAGAUCUGCAAGAGUUUUCUUCUCACUUCAUAAUCAUAAUUAAUGAAAUAGGUUUUUCCAGUUCUUUCAAAUGGGUUCGGUUUGCUCUGGGGCAUCCCCUUUUAUAUUCGCUGACGUUGAUUUCUCAAUGGGCCUCGUUAAAUGGGCCACACGCAGCCCACACGAUUUUAACGAACAAAUGAAAUGAAAUGAAAUCAAAACGGACGGAGAGAAAACCCUAGCACCGGCCACAAUGCGAUCUCCGAUCUCCGGGCUCUUCUCGAGAUCCAUCAGCUUCCUCCACCGCACCUCCGCCACUCGCCACCUAUGCGCCGUCUCUUCCCCUGAAGCUAGAACGAAGAACCUCGAGCGAAUCGCCGACGACUUGCUAAACCUCAACAGAAUCGAGCUCUACGACUACUCAGUCCUCUUCAGCCACAAACUCGGCCUCAACCGCUACGGUUCCGCCGUUUCCUCCCCCGCCGGAGACCUCCCCGACGCAUCCGCCUCCGCCGAGACCAAAACCGCCGAGAAAACGGCUUUCGAUGUGAAGCUUGACAAGUUCGAUUCCGCUUCCAAGAUUAAAGUCAUCAAGGAGAUAAGAGCGUUCACGGAGCUGGGGUUGAAAGAAGCUAAGGAUCUCGUUGAGAAAGCUCCGGUUGUAGUGAAGACAGGUGUCACCAAGGAAGAAGCUGAGAAGAUCAUGGAGAAGCUUAAAGCCGUUGGUGCCACUGUUGCUUUGGAAUAAUAGAAAUAAAAGUUUGUUUAUUUUUUAAAAAAUAAUUUACAAUAAUGAAUGAUGCUCCUCUCUUGUUAUAUUGAGAUGCCACUCUUAUCAGGUAGUAGCCUCUUCAUGUAGUACUUUGAUUUUCUAGAGAGGUUGAUUCUUUGCCUU